AUGUCUGUCGGAGGCGAGCCGUUGGUCGAGAAGUGGGCGGACAUGAAGGACCGGCGACUGUGCGAGGACGAGGACGAGUGCGGCCGCGACAACGGCGGCUGUGCGGGGGAGUGCGUCAACACGGCGGGCAGCUUCUUCUGCCGCUGCGCGCGCCAAGGGGCCGACCCCGCCGGCUGCAGGGCCGCCGACCUCCCAGAGGCCUGGGUGAGCUGCCCGCGGGACUCGAGGGUACUCCUGCCGCUGGGCCGGGGGCGCGCCAGGGUGCGGCUGCCGAGGCCCGGCUCCAACGUGGACUGGUGGAGGUACGUGGAGGCCGUCCCGCCUUGGGGCAAGCAACUGGAGGCGGAGCUGCCCCCCGGCCGCCACGAGGUCACCUUCGUCGCCACCAACCCCGUCAGCAACUCCUCCGCCUCCUGCAGCGUCGUCGUGCUCGUGGCAGACGCGGAGAGGCCGCGCGUGCUGAGCUGCCCGCAGUCGUUCCGCGUGCAGCUGGACCCGGGGAAGACGUCUCGCGCCGUCACGUGGGACGAGCCCGUGUUCGCCGACAACGUGGCCGUGCUCUACCCCGUCUACAAGUCCAAGAGCCCCGGCCAGCAGAUGUCCGCCGGGCUGCACCACGUCAACUACCUGGCGCACGACGCGGCGGGCAACCGCGCCACCUGCCACUUCUCCGUGCACGUCAAGGAAUCCGGCUACCGAAGUGAUGGUGUUAUUGCUCCUAGGCCGAUGUAUCUUCGUAGAAAGGUCGUAUGUCAAGGAAAACAGCGAAUAAUAAAAGUCACAUUCCCAGUGGUGGUUCCCUCGGGGUGCUUCCUGAGGCGCUCCCGCCACAACCUGCUGGCCGUCCAGACCUUCGGCGGGGCUCGCUCGGACCUGCACACCACCACAGGUCGCCGGGCCCGGCACAAGCCCUGGGGCACCCGGAGGACACACGGCUCGCCGGGGGUGCCGCCCUGCUGCGUCUGACACCCCCCUUACCCCCACCAAGCCGUCACUUCAGCGACGAGCGAGCGAAGCCGCGGCGAGCGAGCAGCGAGAGGUCAACAGAAAACUUCUGUAAUGGGGUUUCGCAAGGCACCGCAUCAGAAACCCCCUGACUUCAAGACCAGCAACAGAACAACCACAAUGCAUAUCAUUCUAACCCAUGGCUUAACAGCAGCGUCAUGUAUUUCAGGAACAGUUGAAUAUGUAUAGAGACCGGAAAAAUUCGCGAAUUCAUUUCGCGAUGGGCUAAUAUACAAAUAGUUUAUACCUCAGUACUGCCUCUGCUAUUGGCUCACAACUCACCUGGAUGACUCUGGGCCAAUGAGAAACGCCCGACCAAAGCUUUGUCGAAUCACAGGCUGCUACGUUGGGACGUCCCACAAUACAGCAGCCAAUGAGUGGGUGACAUUGGACCGAGUGUACGUAGAACUAUGGAGUUCAUCCUGGAGGUCAUUGAACCCGCGUAUUUUUCCGGUCCCUAAAUAUGUACCAGAAACACACCAGAUAAUUUCUCUCUUUGUCAAUGGCACACAUGGGUUGUGGCCACCGAAAUUUGAUUCCUACUGCCAUAGAGUCCUCCUUCAGCGUAAAGAAUUACUGUAAUAUCUAUGGACUUUAAAGCGAAAAAAAAAUUGUGCCUCAACUGUUCCAUAAACUAACAUACUCUUCGUGGUGGCUACAGCAGAUGGUUCUGUGUUCUGCUGUGAACAUUCACGUGUAUGGAAUAAAUAGGGUUCUGUUAGCGAGAUAUUGGAAGUUUCGUCAAUACUCCGUGAUGAUUCUUAUGGGUUCGUGUUCGAACGAAUUGAGAGCCCACCACCCAAGAUUUUACGAAUAUUUCCGUAACCUUACGAAGAUCCGUGAAUGAUUUGCAGCAAAUGAUCUUCGCAAAAUUACGUUGAAAACAUUGAACCGUGUAUGUGUGUUUGUUGUUCAAGCUAGAGUUAACGUUAGGUGACCAACCAACCUGUUUUUUUUUGCAUUAAGGUUCGUUUUUAUCCACUGUUGCCCUGCAGUACAAGGAAGACGAAAUGCAGGGUGUCCAUAAACGAAUGUCCCAGGUUCAAUGGUAUAUUUUAACAGUUUAUUUGCGACUGUUUACAACAAAUCUUACAUCAUAUUAAAAGGUAAAAUAACCUAGUUUUUCUUUAAAAUGUUCAAUACGUGCACCUUCAGUUAUACAGUACACUUCCAACCUAAAGUACAAUUCUUCCCUCACUUUGGUUAACAAGUCCGGAGUAAUGGAAGCCUCUUCAGUCCUGUGUCGCAACUCCGGCAAAUCAUUAGGUAGCGGCGGAACGUAGAAACUGUCUUUUAUAAAGCCCCAAAGGAAACCAUCGCAUGGCGUUAGUGUCAGGUGAACAUGGAGGCCAGCGAAAAGGGCUCUGUCGUCUCGACCAUUACGACCAGACCAACUGCCAGGUACUUAGAUGUUCAACCACUAUCGCACAAAGAGAUUACAAUGGGGAGGGGCUCCAUCCUUUUGCCAAAUACAGUUUACAGGUUUACCUUCUACUAAUUGGAGAAAUUACGUUCAGCAGUCGCCAUCUUGCGUAGGUGGCGCUGCGAGAGAGAGAACAACAAAUCAGUACUCGCGCACGCGUUUAUCUAAAACUGUUUGAGUUACUCUCUAAUUGUGACCUUGAACCAACACUUACAAUGCUUACAGUUGAUAUUAUUAAUAUUUAUAACUGGGACAUUGUUUUAUGGACAGACAUAUGGACAUAUGGGAUUUCCAUUUUUAACCAAGUGUGUUGCGAAAAGUUCUACAUUUUUCACUUAAACCACCACAUAAUAAUCUAUUCUAUUUUGUGUUCCUGAAAAAGCCCCAUUCAGUUUUUAAGGGUAUGAAUACCUACCAUGUUAUUAGGAAUAACUUAAUUUUCAAGUUGUGUUCAAAUAAUAGAU